ACUCACUCCCACAACCUCAACUGUCUUCAAUCUCUCUCUCUCUCUCUCUCGGUGCGUGCGUGUGUCUUGAGUUUCCCAAUAACUAGUAAACAUUUCUCAAGCACCCACUUUUCCCCAAAUUACCAGACCACUCUCUCUCUUUCUCUCUCUCUCUCUCUCUAAAUUAUGGCACCAAAAAGUGAGGGUUAUGCUAAAAAGGUGAUGAACAAAGGGGCAUGGACAGCUGAGGAAGACAGGAGGCUUUCUGAGUACAUUGAAGUCCAUGGGGCCAAGAGGUGGAAGACUAUUGCAGCCAAGUCAGGCUUGAACAGGUGUGGGAAGAGUUGCAGAUUGAGAUGGUUGAAUUAUCUGAGGCCCAACAUCAAGAGAGGCAAUAUAUCAGAUGAAGAAGAGGACUUGAUUCUUAGGCUUCAUAAGCUUCUGGGAAACAGGUGGUCUUUGAUUGCCGGGAGGCUUCCAGGUAGAACCGACAACGAGAUUAAGAACUACUGGAAUUCUCAUUUGAGCAAAAAAAUAAACCAGGAAGAGAAACCGCAGAAUAAAGCCAUCCCCGCUCCUCGAGAAACUUCUCCGCCCACGUCUCAAGAAGUUGUUCAAGUGGAUGAGGAGGGAGCUGACAGAGCGGUCGGAAAUUUCUCGGACGUCGACUUUGACACGGACGAGUUCUUCGACUUCACGACCGAAGGGUCUUACGGGUUUGAGUGGGUGAAUAAGUUUCUAGAGCUUGACGACGGAUUAACGCUCAAGGAGAAAAUGUGAAAGCGGGCUGUAUUUUCUUCUUCAAAAUGAUGAGUUUCUACAUCAUCAUGUGUACAAUUCUCGGAUUAAUGAAUCAUUUCUUCAUUAGCUCA